AUGUCACAUAAGCCCGGCAGAGCCGACGUCCCGUACGCGCUCGAGUUUACGGUGGAACCGUCGGAUGUGACCGUGCCGGAAGGGAAUUCAGUAUUACUGCAGUGUGCGGGCCGUGCCGAUCGUAAGGUGCUGCAGGAUGGUAAGGUGGCCCCCAACAUCCGGUGGCGUGGACCGGACGGCCAGGACAUUGGGAUCGUCGGCGAUACGUUCCGCUCGCAGCUCACCAACGGGUCGCUCUACAUUAGCUCAGUCGAAAACAACCGAGGGCUGACCGGAUUCUAUCACUGUCUGCUGGGCAUCAACGGUAUUGGCACAAUCGUGAGCCGAUCGGCCCGUGUCACGAUCGCAGACUUGCCCGACAUCAACCAGGAGUCGCACGAGAUCUACCUUUACACCGGCCAGACGGCGUACUUCAAGUGUAUGUCUGGGCUGCUGCCGUAUACCGUCGAGUCACGGUAUCACACCGAGUGGCUCAAGGAUGACGUACCGCUCCGGAUGGACCUGACGCGUAUGCUGCUGCUACCGUCCGGUGCCCUCGAGAUCGACGAAGUGGUCCCGGCGGAUCGUGGCGCUUACCAGUGCAACGUAACGGCUGGUACGUUCUCGCGGCUGAGCAGCAAAUCGAACCUCAACAUCAAAUCAACGGCUGGCCAACCGCAAAGCUUUGCCCCGCCCGCCUUCAUGAUCGUGCCCCAGCCGCAGACGGUCCGCGAAGGGGACACCGUGAUCCUCGACUGUGCCGCCAACGGUAACCCGAAGCCAACGAUCCGCUGGCUGCGAAACGGGGAAGACAUCGACAUGAACGAUCUCGACUCGCGGUUCCGCAUCAUGGGCACCGGCUCGCUGCAGAUCAACUCCAUCCAGGACACGGACGCCGGCGACUACCAGUGCCGGGCGGGCAAUACGGAGGACUCGCUCGAUGCGUCCGCGACGGUGCAGGUCCAGGUGCCGCCAAAGUUCAUCCUCGCCCCGGACGACAAGGCGGCGUACGAGAAGGAAGAGCUGGAGCUGGCCUGCUCUAUCCACGGCAAACCGACACCGGUCAUCCAGUGGCUGAAGAAUGGCGAUCUUAUAACGCCUAACGAGUACAUGCAAAUCGUCGGCGGGCACAACCUGAAAAUCUUCGGACUCAUCGGCUCCGAUGCGGGCAUGUUCCAGUGUAUCGGCACGAACCCGGCCGGAAGCGUGCAGGCUGCGGCCCGGCUCGAGAUAAUCGAACCAGGGGGUCUACCGAAGCGACACAAGGGCAAAAAGUUUCACCCGACCCAGUCGAAGACGAAAUCGUACGAAAAGUUGCCACUGCUGCAGUCCGACCCGAAGCUCUCGAAGUCGGUACUGGACAGCCUGGUGUCGCGGACGAAGGAGCGCCCGAACGUGACCCGGGACCAGUUCCAGUACAACGAGUACACGGACGAUGACUAUGCCGACGAUCCGACCGGGGGCCGCCAUCUGGACAAUGACCACGCCGACGACGACGACGACGAUGAUGAGGAGGACGAAGAGGACGAAGAGGAUGGCAAAAUUUAUCCUCUCCGGCCGGACGAGGACCCGAACAAGCUGUACCAGACACUGACGGGUUCCCGGUCCCGGGAGGUAGGACACUUUUCUAAUCACAAGUCUCCCCACAAUGCUGUUACGCGGAAAUACUCGAAAUCGAUGUUAGACGACGGUGGCGGUGACGAUGCGGCUGGUGCCGCUGGUGGCAGUGGGAAGCUGGCAGCGGCCGCACCAUUGCCAGGGCCACCGCGCGGUCUGCAGGCCCAGAUCGUGCAGUCACGCUUCAUCACGCUCAGCUGGAUCGAACCGGCCAAGCACCCGGACGAAGUCAUCUCGUACUCCGUCUACUACCGGAUGCACACGAGCGACAGGGAACGUAAGCUAACGACCAAGUCUCGGGACGAGCAGGAAGUCAACAUUCAGUCGCUGCAACCGGGCAAAACCUAUCACUUCCGGGUGGUGGGCAACAGUAACCACGGAUCCGGUGCAUCGUCGGAGCCACUCGAGGUGCGCACCCUGUCGGAGGAAAACAUUGCCGGGGCACCACAGAACCUACGCGGCUACGCCAUCACCGAGCGGGACAUUCAUCUGCAGUGGGAUCCACCGGCCGUACCGAACGGGCUCAUCGCCAAGUACCGGGUGUACUACGCCGAAACGGACAACGGAGCGGAAAUGUACUCGGACACCACGACAACCGAGGUCAUCAUCAACGAGUUGCGCCCGUACACACACUACACGCUGUACGUGGUCCCUUUCAACCAGGCCGGUAUGGGUGACCCAUCGCACGAACUGGACGUGAAGACAUACUCGUCCACCCCAUCGGAACCGCCGGCAAACGUGACGCUUGAGACGACCAGUUCCACGGCGAUCACGAUCCGCUGGGAGCCACCGCCGGUCGAGGAGCGUAACGGCCAGAUUACGGGCUACAAAAUCAAGUACCGAAAGAACAAGAAAGCGCUGCAGGUCGAGACGACGCCGGCCAACGUGCGGUACUACAUUCUGAAGGACCUGGAGAAGAUGUCCGCGUACCAGGUGAAGAUCGCCGCGAUGACGAUCAACGGGACGGGACCGUUCACCGAGUGGCACCACAGCGAGACGUACGAGAACGACCUCGACGAGACGCAGGUCCCCGGGCAGCCAUCCUGGUUGAAGACUCGUCCCGGGGCGGACAACAUCACCGUGAUGUGGGGCCCACCGGUGCACCAGGAGAUUAAGGUGCGCAGCUACAUUCUUGGCUGGGGCAAGGGCAUUCCCGACGAGGAUACGGUACAGAUUGAGGAGAACCGACGCCAUUUCGAGAUCACCAGCCUGGAACCGAACAGUGAGUACGUGAUCUCGUUGCGAGCCCGCAACGCGAUGGGAGACGGUGCGCCAAAGUAUGACACGGUGCGAACCCGGGAAGACGCACCGAUCGAAGCUCCGACGCCACUGGAGGUCCCUGUGGGUCUGCGAGCCAUUCCUAUGUCCGGCACCUCGAUCGUGGUCUACUGGACGGACACAACGCUCAGCAAGAGCCAGCACGUGACGGACAAUCGCCACUACAUGGUACGGUACAAUCCGAACGGCUCGAACCGGUACCGGUACCACAACACGACCGUGCUCAGCUGUAUGAUUGCCGAGCUGCGGCCAAACACGCAGUACGAGUUUGCGGUCAAGGUUGUGAAAGGCCACCGGCAGUCGGCGUGGUCCAUGUCGGUGCUCAACUCGACCCAACAAGCGUCGCCCGUAUCACCGCCACGCGACCUGGAGGUGUCCUUCGAUCCACGCAACCCCCUAACGGCCAUCCUGCGGUGGCAAUCGCCCCGCUACGUCAGUGGCCCGAUCGCCGGCUACCACGUACUGUACACGACGGACACCAGCAAACGCGACCGGGACUGGAACCUGGAGUCGACCAGCGGUGACAAGACGCACGCCGAACUGCCGGCCCUCGAACCGCACACGACGUACUACUUUAAGGUGCAGACACGCCACUCGAAGGGGAUGGGCCCGUUCUCGGCCAUGGUGUCGAUGAAAACCGGCGGCGAAGUGGACUCGAGCGAAAACCUUACCCUACAGAGCACGAUGUCACCGGAGCUGCUGUACGUCGUGAUCGGGUUCUCGGUGCUAGCCGUGGCCGUCCUGGUCGGGGUGGUGGUGCUAAUGUGCCGCAGAAAGCCGGAACCGACGCCGGAGCACGUGAAAAAGAGUUAUCAGAAGAACAACGCGGGCAUCAUCAAACCGCCGGAUCUGUGGAUCCACCACGACCAGAUGGAGCUGAAAAAUCUGGAUAAAGGCAACCAUCACGCUACGACCACACCCGGUUCGGUCGAUGGUGGGGCGUCGAGCAGUGGGACGAUGACGCUGCCGCGAUCAUCGGUCGGCGGUGGCCACGACUAUGACAGCGAAACACCCAUCACGCACGUCACGAACUCACUCGACAAGCGAAACUACCUCCCGGGUUACAAUGGAACCACAACACCUCUGAGUUCUACGAUGGAACGACCGCAGUACCCACGCACCCAGUACAGUAUGGCCGCGCGGCCACACAUAACGAUGGAUCAGACGACACUGUCGCAACAGAAUCUGCUACAGCAACCGCCUCAACUACCACCGGCGAACCCUCUCGGGGUGGCCCAAACCCCGGAAAACCCGUACACUUACGAUAGCAGUUAUAGUCCCAACGUUACCUACGCACAAGGUAUGGCCGUCGAUGGGCCCAAGCGUGGCCAAGGACACCCGCUGAAGAGUUUCAGUGUACCUGCACCACCCUCAUCGACUCCGGUUAUCAGUGGCCAGGGCAAGCACGGCACUCCGACACCCGCCGUCACGAUACGCCCGCAGAACUCGUCCCCGUACAAGAAGGCGUCCCUGUCAUCCGGAUCGCUCACCAAUCGACUGCAGACCGGCCCGGUGGUGGCCCACUCGAACGAUGAGAUCCAGCGGCUCGCACCGUCCACGUCGACCGAAGAGCUCAACCAGGAGAUGGCCAAUCUGGAGGGCCUGAUGAAGGAUCUGAGUGCAAUAACGGCCAACGAGUUCGAGUGCUAA